UUUAAAAUAAACAAUAAUUAUUUUGUAGCGCCAAAUGACAAAUAAGCCAGAAUUUCUUGGAAAAGCUUGUAAAUUAUUGACCAGCAAAACUGUAAAUGAUACUUUUCAACCAAAUGGCUUAAAACUUCAUUGUGCUGAAAGAUUUGUGAUAUGGCCUGAAGAAAUUCCCACAAACGGAAAUCUUUUUAAAUUCGCUAAAAUUGAAAUAAGCCCAGGUGAAGAUGUGGUGAAGGAAGAAUUUCAUGUCUAUCAAGCGUCAUUACAUUCAGAAAAGCUCAAGUUGACUGUGUUUAACGUUACAAACGAUGACGUCAAUAAUAAAAAUAUAAUUUCAUCAAUUGAUGUUGAAGCAAAUACCAAUGGCUGGAGAAUAUUUGACGUGACGGGAAUGAUGUCAACAGAUCAAGAUAGUUAUGAACAAAAUUAUAUAUUAACUGUCAUAGCAACUUCAGUAGCAACGAAUAAUGUUGUUAAGGUUGAUUUUGUCAGAAUAAUAGCUAAUGCAGUUGAGCCACCAAAAAUGCCAAUUUAUGUACAUUUUUUGAAUGAUGAAAGGUCACAUUCAAAAGGUAAUGUUUGUCGGCAUUCAACAGAUGUUUAUAAUAUGCAAGAUGGAGAUGAAAAGGCUUGCGAUGCUCUUGGUUUAUAA